ACGCAGCGUUCUGGAGCUCCAACACGCAGACGGCAUCUCGCGAGUUGGUGGGAUAAAAAUAACUCUCGCCCUCUGCCUGUUUGGCGUUUUUUUCCUCGUUUACUUCGCUUUGUGGAAAGGAAUUAAAAGUUCCGGGAAAGCAGUGUGGAUCACAGCCACCUUCCCAUACGCCGUCCUGCUGAUUCUGCUCUGUAAGGGCUGUACCCUGCCUGGGUCGCUUGAUGGCAUCAUAUACUACCUCAGUCCUCAGUGGGAUAAGCUCCUGAGCUUAGAUAUCUGGAUUGCUGCAGCUGCUCAAAUCUUCUUCUCGCUGGGUCCGGGUUUUGGUGUCCUGCUUGCCUUGUCCAGUUACAAUAAAUUCAACAACAAUUGUUACCAUGACGCCCUCAUCACUUCCGCCAUCAACAGCUUGACAAGUUUCCUGGCAGGUUUUGUCGUGUUUACCGUGCUGGGGUACAUGGCCCAUGUCCAGCAUAGAACUGUGGAGACAGUGGCCAGGCAAGAUGUCGGCCUUAUCUUUGUGGUGUAUCCUGAAGCAGUGGCAACUCUAGCCGGCACAUCAUUCUGGGCCGUCAUUUUCUUCUUUAUGUUGAUAACACUGGGGCUUGAUACCACGUUUGGUGGACUUGAGGCUAUUAUCACGGGUAUAUUGGACGAGUGGACCGUUCUACGUAAGCACAGGGAGCUGUUUGUGGCCGGUCUCAUGGUCUGGUGCUUCAUGGGGGCGCUGGUCACAACAACUUACGGUGGUAUUUAUGUGGUGCAACUGAUGGACACGUAUGGGGCGCCAAUUUCCAUUUUACUCGUCGUGUUCUUAGAAGCGGUCGCUGUCUCGUGGAUCUACGGUGUGGACAGGUUUAGCAAAGAUAUCGAAUCUAUGCUAGGCUCACCCCCAGGACCUUUCUGGCGCAUCACCUGGACCUACAUCAGUCCCGUGUUUUUGUUGACUUUGUUUAUCCUGUCAAUCAUGGAUUCCCCGCCCCCUCAAUAUGGCGCCUAUGUUUACCCUCAUUGGGCCUUGACCCUGGGCUGGCUGCUGGUGUGCACGUCUAUCAUGUGCAUCCCCGUCUACAUCGUGGUGUCGUUCUUCAGGACACCAGGCAAUCUCAAGGAGCGAUUGUACGCCAUGAUCACACCGACGGAAGUACCCGAUCACCUGCCCAAGAAAGAGCUUCCGGUCUACUUGUAGACGUCUGCUUCCGGUGUUUAAGUCCAGUUGUCGUGCAAUGACGGACUACCCAACUCCUAUCGGCGUGAACGACAAAGAUGAAAACAUUUCAAGUAUUACGGUUACCUUGAUCCAUUUUUUGUUUUGAUUAUGUAAAACGCGCCUAUAAAUCCAUAAACCAAUAUAGAAUUAUAAUUAGAGAGGGAUGGGAUUUAAUUUCUACCGCGAUAUUUUUUUCGAGUAUAAUUUAGCAAUUUCAAACAGAAAAUUAUGAAUUGAUUUGAAGCGUAGGAGUGGAGAUUCAUUUAGAAGCGUCGUUAUGACUCUAAAAUUAAACUUGGUUAUAUUUAGAUGAUUUUUUUGUUAACUGUGAAGAACAAAGUGUAGGAAGCAAUUUUAAUUAAUGGUUAGAGUAUUCCUAAAUAUAGCUGUAAUUAUAGUAACACGUUAGUAACAAUUAAAACAAACAAGCCUGUGCCAGUUCUGAUUGAUAAAGCGAGAUACAGUUUGAUUCGUCUUCCUAUUUAUUU